CUCAGUUCAUCCCAAAACUUCGAGGCUAUCAAACAUGAAGUUCUUCCUCUAUAUUAGCCUUUUGCUGUGUGUGGCUUUAAGCCAAGUUAGUGCUAGUUGCCCCGAAAGCUGUCCCGAUACGGAGGAUGUCGUGUGGGCCCUUGCAGGCGGAUGCAAAGUUUUCCGCAAUAAAUGUUACUUCGACAAAGCGAAUUGUAAUCCACAUUAUGAGUUGACCAUCACUACAAAGGAAGAGUGUCAAAAGCAUUGCGCCUUUGCUUGUCCUGCAGUUUAUCAGCCCACAGGCGGAACUUAUAAAGGUCAGCUGCGGGAAUUUGGCAAUGAGUGCGAGAAGAUCAUUCACACCUGUCGAACUGGCGAAACUUUCGUGUAGGGCUUAAUACUUUUAUAACUAAACAAAGAAUUAAAAUACAGAGAUUUUCUGGUUCUUGCCCUAUAAAAAACAUUUUUUCUUUAUGUAUAGUUUUGGUAAUAAAAAUUUUGAUGAAAAUGAAAUGUUUUUAAAG